AUGACCGGUGAAUCCCACAUUGCUGCCGCAAACUGUGCAGAGAAUAUUGCUCUCAAUUAUCUACUCCAUGAAGUCCCUGAAUCACCGCAACAAAAACCCGCUGAACCCUUUCGAGGUCUCGAAAAGGCCUAUUCGCUUCCAUUCUCCAAUGAAAGGGACCUAGUGGAAAUUCUCUCCUUUCUUGCCAAAACUAAAGAUGGGCCGGAUUAUAUUCCUGCAGUGUGUAUUGAGCAGGACCGCGAUGGAACGGCAUUGAAAGCUCUCUUGGCGAUCAAUAAGAGAACAUAUACAGAUGGAAAUGGCCUACUUCAAUCUCUGAAAACGGGAUUUGAGAAUAUUUUUAGUAUUCUCCGAAGCUCUCUUUAUGAAAGAGGUAGCUCUAUGGAGAUCACGAAACAACUCUUGGAGAUGAUCGUAAACAUGUGCUCUUCUCGAAUUGCUUGCCGAUUGCGCCUCGCUGGAAAGAAAUGGAGAGAGUCUAAAGCCUCUAUCAAAGAUAUUCUCCGAAAGGCGACGGAAGGCACUCAGCAAAUUAAUCCGCAGAUGCUCCGCCAGUCCAACCUUGAGGAAAGCUUGUCAUUAUUCCACAAGGAGUCCAAGAGGGUUAUCCAAUCCGUCAAUGAGUGGUCUAAUUAUCGCAUCCCGUCACGUCUCAAUGAUAUUGUGGAGAAGAUAUACCAGUUAAACAACGUACAAGGCUUGCAGCAACUCCUCUAUUUAAUUCCCACUGGUUCUAACAGGGUGAUCAAUGAGUCAGCCUUUGCAGCUACUCUACUCAAUAUAAUUCGAAAAAUAUCCCGAUAUAAAGAAGCCGCUCGAGUACUUCAUCGCACUGCCAAGAAGUUUCCUCUUGUCCGAAACCUUGAGAUUCGUCUAGCGACUCUUCCUCAAGCCGCUUUUGAUAGACCCCACGACCCCGCAUACUCGCCUAAUCUUUCAGCAGUGCUGUGCCGUUUAGGGAAAAUCAAUGGCAAAUACUAUAGCAUCUCUCAGAUUUCCCGAUUCAUAAAUGGUGGCAAAAUCAAGAAUCUGAGCGAACAAUUUUGCGAGCAAACAACUAGAAUUCUUCGAGAAGCCAAAAUCCAUGCAGAGGUCCAGCUUAUCGCCGACUGCGAAACACGGUCGGCUCCGUUGUUCCCACGGGUCAUUGGAUCCAGCAAGGAUGCGUGCUUUCUAUGCCAUGCAUUGAUCCAUAGCCAUGGAAAGAUGUACACAUCACGCACACAUGGGAGAUUGUACCCUAAUUGGCGAAUACCAGCAGCUUUGUCGUUGAAGUACCUGGAGCACCGAUUUAAUGACUUCCUACUGAACUAUGCUCGAGAAACCAUCAGGGCCCGAGAAAAAGGUCAAACGAGUGUCCAUCCGUGCCCGAAUGAAAGCACGUUACUUCCUAUGUUGACCUCCGUGUCGACAAUGAGCGGUGUACAGGAUCCUGUCGAUAUUGCCACGGAGAGAACGGCGUCGGUUCCUAGUUUCGCUCCAGACUCCGAGAUUAUGAAACCUGCUCUUUCAAAUGCAGUUUCAACAAACAGACAGAGUCCGUCCGUGAAUAAUAAGCUAUUUAGUAGCUGUUCUCUUGUUCUCAGUGACCCAUUCACUGGAAUUAUCCACACGUUAAAUUCGCCUCCGUUCUUUUUUGCUGACCGCUUGCAUAUAUACCUCGAGAUGGAGGAAAGUUCGACCUUUGAAUCCACAUCUCAGUUUCCUGUGUACACCAUUGAACCAAUCACUGUCGACCAGGUGACCAGGCUACCUAAUGAAUCUCUUAUGGUGGACGUGAUGGAACUACAGGGGGAGAUGACAUAUCCACUACCAUUGGACGGGGCGAUCUAUCUCACAGCUCACGAUACCACAGUAAAGAUUGUUUUCAGGCAAUGA